GUUUUCCGUUUUAGGCAGUAUUAUUUGUAUUCGACUGAUCCACUCGUAAAACGAAUUGGUAUGCAAUCUUGGGUAUACUGCGCUCUCACAGCAUCCGAAGCUGCGAUAUGCGUGAAAUUUGGACGGCAUAUGUUCCCAAAUUUACCGAUUUAUCCAAUUAUAGCUUGGAUUGCUUUUUUAGUAAGAGUAGUCGGAACGUUCUUUUGCGUUUGGCUUUCAGUGUGGUGGGCGCACUCCAUAUCGAACACUAAAGAAGUUGACUUUGAUGGAGAGAAACGUGUUUGUUACAUUGACUCAUCGCAUGAGAACCUUGGAGCCAUUCAUGAUGAUGUAUGUCGACGACGACGCGAUCUUGGAUUUUCUGAGUCCGAUUUACACUAG